AUGGCGGUUUGGAAAAUGAAAUCGGAACUGAAUAUGAACGGUGCAAUUCAACAAAUUGGUUUGGAUCCAUUUUCUGUUUAUAUUUGGUCUAGUACCCGAAUACAUGUGUAUAAUUCCUUCUGUUCAUCAGAAUAUGCUAAAGUUUACAUAGACGACACGGGAAAUAUCGUAAAACAAAUUUCCAAGCCUUCGAGUGAAAAAAGAAGUUAUAUUUUUUUAUAUGACAUAGUUAUUAGAAGUACCGCAAGUCAAGUGAACAACCAAUACUCAGUAGGAAGCAUGUUAUCGGAAACUCAAAAUGCAGUAGCUAUUCAUUCUUGGUUAGCACAUUUUAUUCGUAGUGGAGCUUCAAUACCCAUGGAAUGUGUUACCGAUAUGUCUUUACCAUUAAUUUAUGCCUUUUUUUUGGGCUUUAACAAAGGUAAAGACACUUUUAAAUUUCAUCAAACAUUGUUGCAACGCAAUUUCCAAAAAACCAUAUUCAAAGAAAAAUGUUACAUUAGAAUCGACGUGGCUCAUUUUAUAAAGCUUAACGCAGUGGCGUUGAGUGAUACGGAGGAUCAAAACUAUAUGGAACAGCCGACUCAAUGUGAAAUUUUGAAACAAUGGUUAAAAAAAAGAUGUGCCACUGGAAGUGUUGAAGACAUUGUGGGUGGUAAUGAUUCCCCUAAUUAUAGAAGUUCAGACAAAGAGGAUGAGAAAGAACAAGCUUUGGAAUCUAUAAAAGAUAAUAACAAAGAAAGAAAUUUUGAAGGAGAGGAAGCCCUACCUUUAGUAGAGAACGGUAGUGAAAAAGAUAUAAUUGACAAUACGAUGACAGAAGACCAAAAUAAUGUAAACACUGUAACAGGCGAUCUUCAAAACGAAUAUUCUGGGUGUACUAAUAAAAAUAAUAGCCUAAAUGAUUUAAAGACUUCAGAAAACGUUAAUAAGAUAUUUGAAGUGGAUAUUUUGAGUGCACCUAUUGUCAUAGAGAGAAAGACGGCGUUUGGCAGGAAAUUACCUUAUAUAGCCCUGAUAAGUGAAAAUAUUAUAGAUGAUCCAAAUGAAAUUUUUAUAGAUAAUCCUAAUGAAAUUAUUAUUGAUGAUCCUAUUACAAUUACUUUCGAUAAUUCUAUUCAAUUCUACCCCAAUACGCCACAAAGAAAAGGAAAAAAGACUUCCCAAAAAACUUCUUUUAUAUUAUCCUCAUCAUCUUGGAAACAAUUACAUGAUGAGAAAGAACUUGAAAAACGGGCUGAGCUUGAGGAAAAGGAAAAUAGAAAAAAGGGAAGAGAACUGAAGAAAGUUACUAGAGAGAGGGCUGCACUUGAAAAACAAACAAACAAAAAACAGGGAAUAAAAAGAACAAAGCAGAAGAUAAAUAUUUCAAAGAAGAUUAAGCUUGACAAUAGAACCAGUGCACCAUUGCAGAAAAUACCGAAGGAAAUAUUACAUGAUAGCAGUGGAGAUGAUGAACCUUUGUGUACCUUAAUUACCACCAAAGUACAGGUCCAUCAAGAGGAUACAAAAGGGAAAAUUGAAAAUGCUGAUUUUGAAAACAUGAAGCCUGGUACCAAAAUUAAUUUAAUAUCGCAGCAUAUACUGGCACCAACGACAGAAGAAAGAAAACUCUAUAAGAGGAAAUUAGCUUUAAGGGAAAUAAGUAUUCACACGCAAAUCAGGCAUCCCAAUAUUGUUCAAAUGAUGGGCUACAGUUAUGGUACCAGUGUAGUACAUGUUGUAAUGGAAUUGGUAGAUACUUUGCACAAUAUUCUUUUUGAGGAUUAUGUUGAGGAAAUUUGUCAACUAGAUGGCGGGAAAAAAACAUUAAUAUCUUUACAGAUGGCGGGCGAUGUAGAUUCUGAUUCAGAAAGCUCCGAGAAAAAAGGCCCGGACGAAUUAAAUUGUGGUGUGUGCAAACGUAAAUUGGUGAAAGAUGAUGUAAGCUGUGUACUAUGUGAUAAUGCUUUUCAUAAAAGUUGUAUAACACGCCUGAAAUCAACAAUAAAUGUCACAAACGACAAGGUUAUGUGUUGCCUAGGAAAAGAGGUGAAGGUGGAAAAAGUGGCUGUUUGUAUUUCAAAUUUACUGAAGGAUCUCAGCUACAAAAACAAGGAAGUCUCUCUAUUAAACGUUUUAAUCAAAGAAACCCAGGAAAAAAAUGCAUUGCUACAGGAAAAAAACGAUUAUUUAAAGGAAAAACUACAUAACCUAGAAGGUAAACAAACCCUAUUUUCGGAUGUUGUUCAAGGGAAAACUAGUUCAACCGGUACAGGAACCUAUGUAAAUAAUAUUCCUGCUGUAAUAAUCAAACCCAAAGGUAACCAAGAUGUGAAAAGAACAAGAAAUGAACUGGACAAAAGUAUUCACCCAGCAAAGUUACAAGUAGAAGAAAAACUAAGUAAAACAUACUAUAUUGAACUAACAAAAUUACAAAAACCCAAAAUUAAAAUAAUUGGCUAUUCUGGCAACAGCGAAGAUAGAGAAGAGCUCGAAGAUCAAAUAUGCCAGCAAAAUGAAAUUAUGGAUAGGCAAAACAUUAAAAUAAAUUACAUAAGAACUACAAGGGAUCAUAAAAAGACAAUAUUCGCAGAAACUUCACCAGAACUGUUUAGACGGCUUAUCCAGAUGAAAAAAAUAUAUGUUGGAUGGCAGAGGCUGCCAAUAUACGAAGACCUCACACUAAUGAAAUGCUUUAAGUGUCAAGAAUAUAACCACAAAAGGGAUCAAUGUUCAUACCAAGUGGUUUGCUCACAUUGUGGAAAAAACCAUGAAUACAAGGACUGUGAUCAACAAACAAAAUGUUGUGGAAAUUGUGUCAAGGCAAAUAACAGGUUUGGACUUUCUUAUGAUAUUUCUCACACAUCAUAUGAUAUUGAAUGCCCUACAAUGAUAUUUUAUAAGCAGAAGCUAAAAGCUAAAAUAGACUACGGAUUAUAA